AGGGGUCACGGCACGGAGCGACGCAACCAGGGGAGACCAGAGGCCUACGGUGAGGUGUGGGGCUCAGAGAGUCGUCACCGUAGGGAUAUUUGGGGUGGAACGGUCCUGAAAGAUCACGGGGCCACGGAAUGGGAGAGUGGGAAAGGUCCUUGAGCAAGAUUUUGUCAUGGAACCAUGAAAUGGUUGGGUUGGAAAGGUCCUGAAAGAUCACAGAGCCAUGGAGCCAUGGAGUGGUUGGGUUGGAAAGGUCCUGAAAGAUCACAGAGCAAUGGAGCCAUGGAGUGGUUGGGUUGGAGGGGUCCUAAAAGACAACAGAGCCGUGAAGCCAUGGAGUGGUGGGGUUGGAAAGGUCCUCAAAGAUCACAGAGCAAUGGAGCCAUGGAAUGGUUGGGUUGGAAAGGUCCUGAAAGAUCACAGAGCCAUGGAGUGGUUGGGUUGGAAAGGUCCUGAAAGAUCACAGAGCCAUGGAAUGGUUGGGUUGGAACGGUCCUUAAAGAUCAUGGGGCCACGGAAUGGGAGAGUGGGAAAGGUCCUUGAGGAACAUUUUGUCAUGGAAACAAUAAAUGGUUGGGUUGGAAAGGUCCUGAAAGAUCACAGAGCUGUGAAGCCAUGGAGUGGUUGGGUUGGAGGGGUCCUGAAAGAUCACAGAGCAAUGGAGCCAUGGAGUGGUUGGGUUGGAGGGGUCCUAAAAGACAACAGAGCCGUGAAGCCAUGGAGUGGUGGGGUUGGAAAGGUCCUCAAAGAUCACAGAGCAAUGGAGCCAUGGAAUGGUUGGGUUGGAAAGGUCCUGAAAGAUCACAGAGCCAUGGAGUGGUUGGGUUGGAAAGGUCCUGAAAGAUCACAGAGCCAUGGAAUGGUUGGGUUGGAACGGUCCUUAAAGAUCAUGGGGCCACGGAAUGGGAGAGUGGGAAAGGUCCUUGAGGAACAUUUUGUCAUGGAAACAAUAAAUGGUUGGGUUGGAAAGGUCCUGAAAGAUCACAGAGCUGUGAAGCCAUGGAGUGGUUGGGUUGGAGGGGUCCUAAAAGACAACAGAGCCAUGGAAUGGUUGGGUUGGAAGGGUCCUGAAAGAUCACAGAGUCAUGGAGCCAUGGAGUGGUUGGGUUGGAAAGGUCCUGAAAGAUCACAGAGCCGUGAAGCCAUGGAGUAGUUGGGUUGCAAAGGUCCUGAAAGAUCACAGAGCCAUGAAGCAAUGGAGUGGAUGGGUUGGAAAGGUCCUGAAAGAUCACAGAGCCAUGGAGUGGUUGGGUUGGAAAGGUCCUCAAAGAUCACAGAGCCAUGGAGCCAUGGAAUGGUUGGGUUGGAAAGGUCCUGAAAGAUCACAGGGCCACGGAAUGGGAGAGUGGGAAAGGUCCAUGAGCAACAUUCUGUCAUGGAACCAUGAAAUGGUUGGGUUGGAAAGGUCCUGAAAGAUCACAGAGCUGUGAAGCCAUGGAGUGGUUGGGUUGGAAGGGUCCUAAAAGACAACAGAGCCAUGGAGUGGUUGGGUUGGAAGGGUCCUGAAAGUUCACAGAGCCAUGGAGCCAUGGAGUGGUUGGGUUGGAAGGGUCCUAAAAGACAACAGAGCCAUGGAGUGGUUGGGUUGGAAGGGUCCUGAAAGAUCACAGAGCCCUGAAGCAAUGGAGUGGAUGGGUUGGAAAGGUCCUGAAAGAUUACAGAGCAAUGGAGCCAUGGAGUGGUUGGGGUGGAACGGUCCUUAAAGAUCACAGGGCCACAGAAUGGGAGAGUGGGAAAGGUCCUUGAGCAACAUUUUGUCAUGGAACCAUGAAAUGGUUGGGUUGGAAAGGUCCUGAAAGAUCACAGAGCUGUGAAGCCAUGGAGUGGCUGGGUUGGAAAGGUCCUAAAAGACAACAGAGCCAUGGAAUGGUUGGGUUGGAAAGGUCCUGAAAGAUCACAGAGCUGUGAAGCCAUGGAGUGGUUGGGUUGGAAAGGUCCUCAAAGAUCACAGAGCCAUGGAAUGGUUGGGUUGGAAAGGUCCUGAAAGAUCACAGAGCCAUGGAGCCAUGGAGUGGAGGGGUUGGAAAGGUCCUGAAAGAUCACAGAGCCAUGGAGCCAUGGAGUGGUUGGGUUGGAGGGGUCCUAAAAGACAACAGAGCCAUGGAAUGGUUGGGUUGGAAAGGUCCUCAAAGAUCACAGAGCCAUGGAAUGGUUGGGUUGGAAAGGUCCUGAAAGAUCACAGAGCCAUGGAGCCAUGGAGUGGAGGGGUUGGAGGGGUCCUGAAAGAUCACAGAGCCAUGGAGCCAUGGAGUGGUUGGGUUGGAGGGGUCCUAAAAGACAACAGAGCCAUGGAAUGGUUGGGUUGGAAAGGUCCUCAAAGAUCACAGAGCAAUGGAGCCAUGGAGUGGUUGGGUUGGAAAGGUCCUUAAAGAUCACGGGGCCACGGAAUGGGAGAGUGGGAAAGGUUCUUGAGCAAGAUUUUGUCAUGGAACCAUGAAAUGGUUGGGUUGGAAAGGUCCUGAAAGAUCACAGAGCCAUGGAGUGGUUGGGUUGGAGGGGUCCUAAAAGACAACAGAGCCAUGGAAUGGUUGGGUUGGAAGGGUCCUGAAAGAUCACAGAGCCAUGGAGCCAUGGAGUGGUUGGGUUGGAAAGGUCCUGAAAGAUCACAGAGCAAUGGAGCCAUGGAGUGGUUGGGUUGGAGGGGUCCUAAAAGACAACAGAGCCGUGAAGCCAUGGAGUGGUGGGGUUGGAAAGGUCCUCAAAGAUCACAGAGCAAUGGAGCCAUGGAAUGGUUGGGUUGGAAAGGUCCUGAAAGAUCACAGAGCCAUGGAGUGGUUGGGUUGGAAAGGUCCUGAAAGAUCACAGAGCCAUGGAAUGGUUGGGUUGGAACGGUCCUUAAAGAUCAUGGGGCCACGGAAUGGGAGAGUGGGAAAGGUCCUUGAGGAACAUUUUGUCAUGGAAACAAUAAAUGGUUGGGUUGGAAAGGUCCUGAAAGAUCACAGAGCUGUGAAGCCAUGGAGUGGUUGGGUUGGAGGGGUCCUAAAAGACAACAGAGCCAUGGAAUGGUUGGGUUGGAAGGGUCCUGAAAGAUCACAGAGUCAUGGAGCCAUGGAGUGGUUGGGUUGGAAAGGUCCUGAAAGAUCACAGAGCCGUGAAGCCAUGGAGUAGUUGGGUUGCAAAGGUCCUGAAAGAUCACAGAGCCAUGAAGCAAUGGAGUGGAUGGGUUGGAAAGGUCCUGAAAGAUCACAGAGCCAUGGAGUGGUUGGGUUGGAAAGGUCCUCAAAGAUCACAGAGCCAUGGAGCCAUGGAAUGGUUGGGUUGGAAAGGUCCUGAAAGAUCACAGGGCCACGGAAUGGGAGAGUGGGAAAGGUCCAUGAGCAACAUUCUGUCAUGGAACCAUGAAAUGGUUGGGUUGGAAAGGUCCUGAAAGAUCACAGAGCUGUGAAGCCAUGGAGUGGUUGGGUUGGAAGGGUCCUAAAAGACAACAGAGCCAUGGAGUGGUUGGGUUGGAAGGGUCCUGAAAGUUCACAGAGCCAUGGAGCCAUGGAGUGGUUGGGUUGGAAGGGUCCUAAAAGACAACAGAGCCAUGGAGUGGUUGGGUUGGAAGGGUCCUGAAAGAUCACAGAGCCCUGAAGCAAUGGAGUGGAUGGGUUGGAAAGGUCCUGAAAGAUUACAGAGCAAUGGAGCCAUGGAGUGGUUGGGGUGGAACGGUCCUUAAAGAUCACAGGGCCACAGAAUGGGAGAGUGGGAAAGGUCCUUGAGCAACAUUUUGUCAUGGAACCAUGAAAUGGUUGGGUUGGAAAGGUCCUGAAAGAUCACAGAGCUGUGAAGCCAUGGAGUGGCUGGGUUGGAAAGGUCCUAAAAGACAACAGAGCCAUGGAAUGGUUGGGUUGGAAAGGUCCUGAAAGAUCACAGAGCUGUGAAGCCAUGGAGUGGUUGGGUUGGAAAGGUCCUCAAAGAUCACAGAGCCAUGGAAUGGUUGGGUUGGAAAGGUCCUGAAAGAUCACAGAGCCAUGGAGCCAUGGAGUGGAGGGGUUGGAAAGGUCCUGAAAGAUCACAGAGCCAUGGAGCCAUGGAGUGGUUGGGUUGGAGGGGUCCUAAAAGACAACAGAGCCAUGGAAUGGUUGGGUUGGAAAGGUCCUCAAAGAUCACAGAGCCAUGGAAUGGUUGGGUUGGAAAGGUCCUGAAAGAUCACAGAGCCAUGGAGCCAUGGAGUGGAGGGGUUGGAGGGGUCCUGAAAGAUCACAGAGCCAUGGAGCCAUGGAGUGGUUGGGUUGGAGGGGUCCUAAAAGACAACAGAGCCAUGGAAUGGUUGGGUUGGAAAGGUCCUCAAAGAUCACAGAGCAAUGGAGCCAUGGAGUGGUUGGGUUGGAAAGGUCCUUAAAGAUCACGGGGCCACGGAAUGGGAGAGUGGGAAAGGUUCUUGAGCAAGAUUUUGUCAUGGAACCAUGAAAUGGUUGGGUUGGAAAGGUCCUGAAAGAUCACAGAGCCAUGGAGUGGUUGGGUUGGAGGGGUCCUAAAAGACAACAGAGCCAUGGAAUGGUUGGGUUGGAAGGGUCCUGAAAGAUCACAGAGCCAUGGAGCCAUGGAGUGGUUGGGUUGGAAAGGUCCUGAAAGAUCACAGAGCCAUGGAGCCAUGGAGUGGUUGGGGUGGAACGGUCCUUAAAGAUCACAGGGCCACAGAAUGGGAGAGUGGGAAAGGUCCUUGAGCAACAUUCUGUCAUGGAACCAUGAAAUGGUUGGGUUGGAAAGGUCCUGAAAGAUCACAGAGCUGUGAAGCCAUGGAGUGGUUGGGUUGGAGGGGUCCUAAAAGAUCACAGAGCCAUGGAGUGGUUGGGUUGGAGGGGUCCUAAAAGACAACAGAGCCAUGGAACGGUUGGGUUGGAAAGGUCCCGAAAGAUCACAGAGCCAUGGAAUGGGAGAGUGGGAAAGGUCCUUGAGGAACAUUUUGUCAUGGAACCAUGAAAUGGUUGGGUUGGAAAGGUCCUGAAAGAUCACAGAGCCGUGAAGCCAUGGAGUGGUUGGGUUGGAAAGGUCCUGAAAGAUCACAGAGCUGUGAAGCCAUGGAGUGGUUGGGUUGGAAAGGUCCUGAAAGAUCACAGAGCCAUGGAGUGGUUGGGUUGGAGGGGUCCUAAAAGACAACAGAGCCAUGGAACGGUUGGGUUGGAAAGGUCCCGAAAGAUCACAGAGCCAUGGAAUGGGAGAGUGGGAAAGGUCCUUGAGGAACAUUUUGUCAUGGAACCAUGAAAUGGUUGGGUUGGAAAGGUCCUGAAAGAUCACAGAGCCGUGAAGCCAUGGAGUGGUUGGGUUGGAAAGGUCAUCAAAGAUCACAGAGCCAUGGAGUGGUUGGGUUGGAGGGGUCCUAAAAGACAACAGAGCCAUGGAAUGGUUGGGUUGGAAACGUCCUGAAAGAUCACAGAGCCGUGAAGCCAUGGAGUGGUUGGGUUGGAAAGGUCCUGAAAGAUCACAGAGCCAUGGAGCCAUGGAGUGGUUGGGUUGGAGGGGUCCUAAAAGACAACAGAGCCAUGGAAUGGUUGGGUUGGAAAGGUCCUGAAAGAUCACAGAGCUGUGAAGCCACGGAGUGGUUGGGUUGGAAAGGUCCUGAAAGAUCACAGAGCCAUGGAGUGGUUGGGUUGGAAAGGUCCUGAAAGAUCACAGAGCAAUGGAGCCAUGGAGUGGCUGGGUUGGAAAGGUCCUAAAAGACAACAGAGCCAUGGAAUGGUUGGGUUGGAAAGGUCCUGAAAGAUUACAGAGCCAUGGAGUGGUUGGGUUGGAAAGGUCCUGAAAGAUUACAGAGCUGUGAAGCCAUGGAGUGGUUGGGUUGGAAAGGUCCUGAAAGAUCACAGAGCCAUGGAAAGGUUGGGAUGGAAGGGACCUUAAAGGCUGUAGAGCAAUGGGAAGCAUUGGGUUGGAAGGGUCCUUAAAGAUCACAGCACCAUGGAAUAUUUGGGAUGGAGAGGUCCUUAAAGAUCACAGAGCCAUGGAAAGGUUGGGAUGGAAGAGGCCUCCAAGAUUGUAGAAUCAUGGAAAGGUUGGGCUGCAAGGGUCCUUACAGAUCACAGAACCAUAAAAUGAUUGGGAUGAGUUGAAGGGUCCUUGCAGAUCACAGAGCCAUGGAAUAGUUGGGAAGGUCCUUAAAGACCACAAAACCAUGGAGGGUUUGGGUUGGAAGGGUACUUGAAGAUCACAGAACCGUGGAAUGGGCUGGCUUGGAAGGGUCCUUGCAGAUCACAGAGGCAUGGAAUGGUAAGGCUGGGCUGGAAAGGUCCUUACAGAUCAUCAUAGGAUGCGUUGUGUUGGAAAGGUCCUUCAAGAUCACAGAGUUGUGGGAUGGGUUGGAUUGGAAGGGUCCUUCAAGAUCAUACAGCCAUGGAAUGGUCGGGUUGGAAGGGUCCUUCAAGAUCACAGAGCCACAAAAUGACUGGGAUGAGUUGAAGGGUCCUUGCAGAUCACAGAGCCAUGGAAUAGUUGGGAAGGUCCUUAAAGACCACAGAACCAUGGAGGGUUUGGGUUGGAAGGGUCCUUGAAGAUCACAGAGCCAUGGAAUAGUAGGAAAGGUCCUUAAAGACCACAGAACCAUGGAGGGUUUGGGUUGGAAGGGUCCUUGAAGAUCACAGAACCGUGGAAGCUCUGUUAGUUGAAAACAACAACGAGGACCAGAAGGAAACACGGCUCGUUGUCCUGCCAGGACCCAGCUCUGCCCACACAGCACCACUCUGCCCACUCGAAUUCGGCCUUGGCUCCACCAGGGCAGCAGAGAUGAGGAGGGGAGGUAAAAAAAUCAAUGGGAAACCCCCAUGAACAGCUGGGGCGGCU